GUUCCGUUCCUCACGUUGUAGAAUCAUGACGUUCAGAGCUUAUCCAAUAUUUACAAAACGAUAUUUUGGAUGGAUUUAUUAGCAUUAAUUUAUUGUAUUCAACAGUAUUUAAAUCGGGAAUUAUUUCAAUUUUGAAUUCAUUCCGUGGAUGACCUUUGCAAGCCUUUUUCAGACAACCACUGCCGACGAAACUCGUACUCUGUUUUGUCAGCUACAGAGACAUUUUCUACUUCAGAAUCCUUUGACUCAUCUACCUGGUCAUUCUCACUCCCCUCCGCCUCUGCGGAUAAUACCAUGUUGCAUAUGUCUGGUGCAUUGGUUUCUCUUGGUCUGGUAGCUUUCUUGAUUACAGACAGUUUUGCAAAUGAGGUGGACAAUAACUGGCAAUUAGUAUUCCACGCAGUUAAAGGUAACGGGAAAGAUGUCCGUGACGCCUGGAACGCGAAGUCAACAUCAGUUUGCACAACCGAUAAUGGUUGUCUUCCACUUGGUUUUAAGUUGGAUAACUGGAGGGAUAAUAUGAAACAUCUGCGAAGUCCUUUGAUUGACCAGUGGAAUUCACUCUCUAUUCAGAAGAUACGGGUGGUACUUGGUGGUAAUGGGAAAACCUUAGCAUUCUUAGAAUUUGAUGGGAGUGGAAGCAACAAACUAAACUGGUUUAGCCAAUCCAGGCUUCUCUAUAGUAGUUGGUCCGAUCUCAAGACCACGGGAGCUAAUAUUUUCUUAAUUAAAGGGCACGAACGAGAUGGUAGCCAUCCUCUCAAAAGGCACUUUUUUGUUAACAAAAGCUAUAACGGUUGCCCGAAUGAUGUUGGAUGGUUUGUGAUUAUAGACAAGACUGAUCCCUGUUCCUGGGCACAUAAAGGGAGGACUCCGUUGUUUCUGUAUAGCAGGGGUUCAAACGCUUCUAACUGGAAUCGCAGUACUGGAGUCGCUGAAGUCAUGAACAUAUACAUCCUAAGGUUGUAAAUGUCAAGGAUGAUUUCCAAAGCAUCUCGAGAUAUUUGAUAUAUGUACACCUACUUCAUACUAAUAAAUUGAUAUCA